AUGCAAGUCAAGGACCCCAUCAUCUGCACUGAGUGUGUGGAGGUUUUCCAUUCCAACUAUGAAAUCGUCAGUGUUCUUGGCCAAGGAGCAUUUGGUGUCGUUUUUCAUGCACAUAGAAAACGAGAUAUGGAGGAGUUUGCGGUGAAGAGAUUGGAUUUGGACGCGGCCACCCUCAGUAUAGCGGCCCGUGAAGUCAACAACAUCACCUCAAUAGGCUGCCACCCUGGAUUUUUAAUUUUUGAAGAAGUCUUUUUCAACGAACACCAUACUAAAUCAAUGGGUCACUUGUACAUUGCCAUGGAGCUCUGCGAGCAGCUAACUCUCAAGGAAUGGCUCCAAAUGGCUCAAACUGCUCGGAGCCGUCCUUGGUGUCUGAUGAGUGACUGGAUAAAACAGUUGGCGCGGGCGUUGGACCAUCUUCAUAAAAAUAACUUUAUUCAUCGGGACCUUAAACCUGCGAAUGUCUUUUUCCCAAGAGGCGCGGAUUUCAAAAAAUUGAAAAUUGGGGAUUUUGGACUGGCUACCAGAGCCAUUGUCAAUUUGGAAGAAGGAGGACUUCAAUCUCUUAUGGAGCAAACUGCCCAAAAACACACUGGCGGAGCUGGCACUCCGUAUUAUAUGGCUCCGGAGCAAACUGGAGAGAUUUAUGACGAGAAGGUGGAUAUUUUUGCUCUGGGGCUCAUCUCGGCUGAGCUCAUAAUUCUGAACUCGCCGAUGGAGGGGGUGUGCACGAAUGAUAUAAUUCGAAGUGGUCAGUGGCCGAUUGCGUGGUUGGAUUAUCCGGAUGCGAUGAAAUCAUUUUUUCUUAUCAAAUUUAUCAUUUUUCCAAACCUAAUUCGGUUUGAUUAA